CCGCCGCAAAUGCAAUCCAUUAUUGUAAUGGAAGCUAUAUUUCGCGGUUUCUCCGAAUUUAGACCUAAUCGAAUCGAGCCGCAUAAAUAGCGAUAGGGAAGAGAAGGGAAUUUCAGAUGAUGGAGAUGAGGAGCCGAGGGGGGCGGUUUUCAAUGCAUUGGAUGCAAUGUUGAAGGGGAAUUUGGAUCGGUUGAAAAUUAUGAGGUGAUGAAAAACUACUUUGCCAUACAAGCUCUCAUGUGCAGCUUUGGAGUGUGAUGGAUCAUGGCUCUGAUCAAUGUCGAUUACUUCCUUUUUCGAAAUGUGCUGCUGGGAGAGCAUAAGUUGAGGGCAUUCAAGUAGGUGUCAUUUCACAGCCGAAAUGGUGAGGAGAGGAAUGCGUUAGUUAUGCACUCCAGCUGCACAACGAAAUGGUGAGGAGAGGAAUUGAACCGGAUAUAGUAACUUACACUGAAGUGCUACAGCAUUAGAAACAAAAUCAGAGAGGCUGAAGAGCUACUUUUCAAGAUGUUGAUGACAAAUUUGCCAAUUGAUCACUUGCCACUUAUUAUUCUCAUGAAGGAAUGCUUCAAGAUGGGGGAGCUAGAUAAAGUUUACAAUCUUUAUCGCACAUGGUUAAGAAUGGGAAAAUUCUGUAAUUGAAAUUCAUGUGGUGAAACUGAACGAUGGCAUCAUCCCUCUACUAUGAAGCUUUUUGCUUGAUAGUGUGGCUGGGAUGUGCUCAGGGAGAUGUUUCUGAUCAAGUGAUGGCAGCGCUACCUAUUGUGACUGAGCGACUAGGAAUGGUUUUCUUAUUUUGAUCACAAGGGUGGUGCCAUCGCAACUGUGAAGUGUCAACUAAUCUUGGAGUGCUGUGGCCACAUUCAGAUUGUGAGAAAGAUGAUGCACUUCCAUCCAAGAACUGGCAGAGCCAACCAGGCGAUCAAGCUACUUCCAGAAAGACAACUCUUUCAGUCCUUCACCAAUGGCUAAGACUCCGCCACCUGUCAACUUCUGAUUGGCUAUGUUCUAGAUCGCCCAUACACACAGCUUUAGCUCCUUUCUACUACUCUCUUAACUCCAAUAGCAUUUACACUACCAUUUGUCCCCCCUCUCUCUCUAAACCAGAGAAAAAAAAAUAGGAAAUUUGAUCACGAGAUCAUGAGCAGCGACAGCUGGAGCCUAACGGCCAAGCCGUGCGACUCAUGCAAGGCGGUGCCGGCCACCGUAUUCUGCCACGCCGAUUCCGCCUUCCUCUGCGCUGCCUGUGACGGUGAAAUCCACUCCCCGGAGAACAAGCCGGCUCGCCGCCACGCACGCGUCUGCAUUUGCGACGUCUGCGAGCAGGCGCCAGCCACCGUCACCUGCAAGGCCGACGCUGCCUCGCUCUGCUCCACCUGCGACGCCGACAUCCACUCUGCCAACCCCCUCGCCCGCCGUCACGAGCGCUUCCCCGUCGUACCCUUCUACGACACCGCCCCCGCCGCCAGAUCCCCCCACUCCGCUGAGGAGUUCUCCGAGGAGGAGGCCGAGGCGGCAUCUUGGCUCCUGCCCGACCCGAAUAGCAAGCCCGUCGAUGAAUCCAAGUCGCCCGAGUUUAACAAGUCCGCGGAGUAUUUAUUUGGCGAUAUGGAUCCGGACCCUUACCCGGAUCCGGACCUUGAUCUAAUAAUCAUGGAGCAGAAAACCGGUCGUGAUACUAUUAUUGAAGGUAAGAAACAAUAUUCGGCGGAUGGAGUUGUGCCGGUUCAAACCGAGAGAGGAUUCGGGUCGGAUUUGUACCCGGGUCCGGUAGUGGAUGGGUACCCGACUUACGAUGUCGAGUACCCGGUCUCGAAGCCGUUUAUGUAUAACUUCACCUCACAAUCCAUUAGCCAAAGCGUGUCGUCUUCGUCCUUAGAAGUAGGGCUGGUGCCGGACCACAACCCCAAUGCCGACGCACCCAAGGCCGAAGCUGUCCCCGUCCCCCUCUCGAGAAUCGAGAGGGAGGCGAGGGUAUUGAGGUACAAAGAGAAGAGGAAGAACCGAAGGUUUGAUAAGACGAUCCGGUACGCCUCAAGAAAAGCUUAUGCGGAGACGAGGCCGAGGAUCAAAGGGAGAUUCGCUAGGCGGCUAGAGCUUCAAGUCGAGGCCGAUGCAUCGUACGGCGUCGUCCCGACGUUUUAGCCACGUGCUUGUUGUGUGACAAAAUGAUAUGGGUGCUAGUUGUACUUGUUUGUGUACAUACUUGUAGGAGGGUUGUUUGCUCAUCGAUGCAUUGUUUUCAGCUAUCGAUUUUGUAGGUUGUUUCAUUUUGGUGUGAUGUGAAUAAAGUUGUAAUCUUUUUUAAUUAAUACAGUAAUUGCGAAGAAACUCAAGCAAUUUAUUAAA